AUGGUUAACAGUGAAGUAAUUAGAACCGUCGUUGGAAUAAUUGGAAAUGUAAUCUCUUUUGGUUUAUUCAUGUCUCCUGUGCCUACAUUUGUAAAAAUAUGGAAGGCAAAAUCAGUGCAAGAUUUCAAGCCAGAUCCUUAUGUUGUGACUAUACUCAAUUGUGCAAUGUGGGCAUACUAUGGAAUGCCCUUCGUAACUAAAAGUAACGUUCUUGUGCUCACAAUUAAUGCAUUCGGCUUCGUGCUUGAGAUCGUUUACACUUGUAUCUUCUUCGUAUUCUCAAACUGGAGCAAGCGUAAAAGGAUCCUCCUAGUCCUCCUGGUUGAAGUCAUCUUCAUUGCUAUGGUGGUUUUUGUAACCUUGCACUUUGUUCACACCCUCAAGCGAAGAAAGUUGGUUGUUGGACUUAUAUGCAUAAUCUUCAACAUCCUCAUGUACUGUUCACCCUUGACCGUCAUGCGACGAGUAAUUCGAACAAAGAGCGUGAAGUACAUGCCUUUCCUACUUUCACUCGCUAAUUUUGCCAAUGGAAUCGUCUGGACGACCUAUGCACUCCUCAAGUGGGAUCCAUUCAUCGUGAUUCCAAAUGGGUUGGGAGCACUUUCGGGGUUGGUGCAGCUGAUCCUGUAUGGCAUUUACUACCGAACAACGAACUGGGAAGAAGAAACCCCUACUCGCCCCAGCGUAUGA